UACCGGCGAGCGCCCGGCGGCGGCUGAGCGUCUCCUGUCGCGCAGGGGGCGGCCCGGCCGUAGGGAGAGACGGGUGGGGCCUGCCGUCCCUCCUCCAGAGCCUCCGCUCCGGCUGGACGGUCCCGCUGCAGCAGGCUUCUCUUCAGCAGACGAGCAGAGGGCGCAGCGGCCUCCGGAGGCGCGGAUGCGAGCCCCGCCCGGCGCCCCAUCACAGCCUCCGGGGCCGCACGCUUCUCUCCAGGUAGCGGGAAGACGGCCAGGUCCCCGGCGUAGCGAGCUCGGGAUGGGCAGCUGUCAAAAAAAGCACAAACAAUGGAAGGAUGGAUACCAUUGCAUAUAUUAAAAGCAUGUUGAAAGGCAAAUAAGAAAGCCAGGAAUCUCAGCAUGAAUUGGUCUAGAUCUAGAUCAGAUGGUGGUGGUGAAGAAACCUCAUCUCAAGACCAGAAUCAUCAUGAAAACGAGAGAAGGUGGCAGCAAGAGCGUCUCCACAGAGAAGAAGCCUAUUAUCAGUUUAUUAAUGACCUCAAUGACGAAGAUUACCGGCUAAUGAGAGACCAUAAUCUUUUAGGCACGCCUGGAGAAAUAACAUCAGAAGAAUUACAGCAACGGUUAGAUGGAGUCAAGGAACAGCUAGCAUCUCAGCCUGACUUGAGAAAUGGGACUAACACCAGAGACUCAGGGGUCCCUCGAGAAAGUUCAAAUGAAGAUUCUCUGCUGGAAUGGCUCAACACCUUUCGUCGCACGGGAAAUGCAACUCGAAGUGGACAGAAUGGGAACCAGACUUGGAGAGCUCCCACACUGCAUCAGCUCAUGUGUGAUCUCCAGCUCUUUUCAAAUUCAUCUUGCUGCUUUCUGCGCGUCUCUCUGGAGGAGUCUCACGUGUGCUUGCAAACAAGUUCUCUCAGGUUCUGCCCAUUGUCUGUGUCUAUAACAUGAGUAACAAUCUGAUAUUGUGGCGGUCGUAUUUUAGAUCUGUCAACUCUGGAACUGCACCCAAGAAACAACUUCCUCUAAGGGUAGACUCUGAGGAUUGGGUUAUUUUCUACAGUAUUUGUGGACUAAAAUAGGUAGGGCUUUGCUCCUUCAUCUGUGACAUAUUUUUUUGCUGUCUCUUUUUUUUUUUUUUCCUUUUUUUAUGAGUGGGAUUGUGUUCCUGUCUUACUGGUUGUUUGGCCUGAGGCUUCCAACACUGGAGUCUGUAGACUGUUGGGUAGAGCUGGGUCUUGGUGCUGAGAUGAGGAGAAAAUAGGCAAUCUACCUGAAAAAUAAUUCAGAGUAAUGAUAGUAAAGAUGAUCCAGAAUCUCAGAAAUAGAAUGGAAGCAGGGAUUGAGAAAAUACAAGAAAUGUUUAACAAAGAUCUAGAAAAUUAAAGAACAAACAAACAGAGAUGAACAACACAAUAACUGAAAUGAAAAAUACACCAGAAGAAUCAAUAACAGAAUAACUGAGGCAGAAGAACAAAUAGAUGAGCUGGAAGACAAAAUGGUGGAAAUAACUGCUGAGGAGCAGAAUAAAGAAAAAAAGAAUGAAAAUAAUUGAAGACAACCUCAGAGACCUCUGGGACAACACUAAAUGCACCAACAUUCGAAUUAUAGGGGUCGCAGAAGAAGAGGAGAAAAAGAAAGGGUCUGAGAAAAUACUUUAAGAGAUUAUAGUCGAAAAAUUCCCUAACAUGGGAAAGGAAAUAGUCACCCAAGUCCAGGAAGCACACAGAGUCCCAUACAGGAUAAACCCUAGGAGAAACACACCAAGACACAUAUUAACCAAACUAACAAAAAUUAAAUUCAAAGAAAAAAUAUUAAAAGCAGCAAGGAGAAACAAAAAAUAACAUACAAAGGGAUCCCUAUAAGGUUAUCAGCUGAUUUUUCAACAGAAACUCUGCAGGCCAGAUGGGAGUGGCAGGAUAUACUUAAAGUGAUGAAAGAGAAACACCUACAACCAAGAUUACUCUACCCAGCAAGGAUCUCAUUCAGAUUCAACAGAGAAAUCAAAUGCUUUUCAGACAAGCAAAAGCUAAGAGAAUUCAGCACCACCAAACCAGCUUUACAACAAAUGCUAAAGAAACUUCUCCAGGCAGGAAACACAAGAGAAGAAAAAGACCCACAAAAACAAACCCAAAACAAUUAAGAAAAUGGUAAUAGAAACAUACAUAUCGAUAAUAACCUUGAAUGUAAAUGGAUUAAAUGCCCCAACCAAAAGACACAAACUGCCUGAAUGGAUACAAAAACAAGACCCACAUAUAUGCUGUCUACAAGAGACCCACUUCAGACCUAGGGACACAUACAGACUGAAAGUGAAGGGAUGGAAAAAGAUAUUCCACGCACAUGGAAAUCAAAAGAAAGCUGGAGUAGCAAUACUCAUAUCAGAUAAAAUAGACUUUAAAAUAAAGACUGUUACAAGACAUAAGGAAGGACACUACAUAAUGAUCAAGGGACCAAUCCAAGAAGAAGGUAUAACAAUUAUAAAUGUUUAUGCACCCAACACAGGAGCACCUCAAUACAUAAGGCAAAUGCUAACAACCAUGAAAGGGGAAAUCGACAGUAACACAAUAAUAGUAGGGGACUUUAACACCUCAUUUACACCAAUGGACAGAUCAUCUAAACAGAAAAUAAAUAAGGAAACACAAGUUUUAAAUGACACAUUAGACCAGAUAUAUUUAAUUGAUAUUUAUAGAACACUCCACCCAAAAGUGGCAGAAUACACUUUCUUCACAAGUGCACACGGAACGUUCUCCAGGGUAGAUCACAUCUUGUGUCACAAAUCAAGCCUCGGAAAAUUUAAGAAAAUUGAAAUCGUAUCAGUCAUCUUUUCUGACCACAAUGCUAUGAGAUUGGAAAUCAAUUACAUGAAAAAAACUCUAAAAAUCACAAAUACAUGGAGGCUAAACAGUGCGCUACUAAAUAACCAAGAGAUCACUGAAUAAAUCAAAGAAGAAAUAAAAAAAUAAUAAACAAGUGACAACAAAAACACAACAACCCAAAACCUAUUGGAUGCAGCAAAAGCAGUUCUAAGAGGGAAGUUUAUAGCAAUUCAAUUUCACCUCAAGAAACAAGAAAAAUCUCAAAUAAACAAUCUAACCCUACACUUAAAACAACUAGAGAAAGAAGAACAAAGAAAACCCAAAGUCAGUAAAAGGAAAGAAAUCAUAAAGAUCAAAGCAGAAGUAAAUGAAAUAGAAACAAAGAAAACAAUAGCAAAGAUCAAUAAAACUAAAAGCUUGUUCUUUGAGAAGAUAAACAAAAUUGAUAAACCCUUAGCCAGACUCAUCAAGAAAAAAAGGGAGAGGACGCAAAUCAAUAAACUUAGAAAUGAAAAAGGAGAAAUCACAACUGACACCACAGAAAUACAAAGGAUUAUAAGAGACUACUACAAACACUUAUAUGCCAGUAAAAUGGACAACCACGAAGAAAUGGACAAAUUCUUGGAAAGGUACAAUUUUCCAAGACUGAACCAGGAAGAAUUAGAAAAUAUAAACAGACCUAUCACAAGUAAUGAAAUUGAAACCAUAAUUGAAAAUCUUGCAACCAACAAAAGUCCAGGAUGAGAUGGCUUCACAAGCGAAUUCUAUCAAACAUUUAGAGAAGAGCUAACACCAAUCCUUCUCAAACUCUUCCAAAAUAUUGCAGAGGGAGAAACACUCCCAAAUUCAUUCUACGAAGCCACCAUCACCCUGACACCAAAACCAGAAAAAGAUAUCACAAAAAAAGAAAAUUAUUGACCAAUAUCACUGAUGAACAUAGAGGUGAAAAUCCUGAACAAAAUGCUAGCAAACAGAAUCCAACAACACAUUAAAAGGGUCAUACACCAUGACCAAAGGGGAUUUAUCCCAGGGAUGCAAGGAUUCCUCAAUAUAUGCAAAUCAAUCAAUGGGAUACACCACAUUAACAAAUUAAGGAAUCAAAACCAUAUGAUCAUCUCAAUAAAUGCAGAAAAAGCUUUUGACAAAAUCAACACCCAUUUAUGAUAAAAACUCUCCAGAAAAUGGGCAUAGAGGGAAGCUACCUCAACAUAAUAUAGGCCAUAUUUGACAAACCUACAGCAAACAUCAUACUCAAUGGUGAAAAACUAAAAGCAUUUCCACUAAGAUCAGGCACAAGACAAGGACGUCCACUCUCGCCACUCUUAUUCAACAUAGUUUUGGAAGUCCUAGCCAUGGCAAUCAGAGAAGAAAAAGAAAUAAAAGGAAUACAAACUGGAAAAGAAGAAGUAAAACUGUCACUGUAGAUGACAUGAUACUAUACAUAGAAAAUGCUAAAGAUGCCACCUGAAAACUACUAGAACUAAUCAAUGAAUUUGGUAAGGUUGCAGGAUACAAAAUUAAUGCACAGAAAUCUCUGGCAUUCCUAUACACCACCAACAAAAAAUCAGAAAGAGAAAUUAAGGAAACACUCCCAUUUACCAUUGCAACAAAAAGCAUAAAAUACCUAGGAAUAAACCUGCCUAAGGAGGCUAAAGACUUGUACUCAGAAAGCUAUAAAACACUGAUGAAAGAAAUCAAAGAUGACAUAAACAGAUGGAGAAAUACACCAUGUUCUUAGAUUGGAAGAAUCAAUAUUGUGAAAAUGACUAUACUACCCAAAGUAAUCUACAGAUUCAGUGCAAUCUCUAUCAGACUACCAAUGGCAUUCUUCACAGAAUUAGAACAAAAAAUGUUACAAUUCGUAUGGAAACACAAAAGACCCCAAAUAGCCAAAGCAAUCUUGAGAAAGAAAAACAGAGUUGGAGGAAUCAGGCCCCCUGACUUCAAACUAUAUCACAAAGCUACAGUAGUCAAGACAGUAUGGUACUGUCACAAAAACAGAAAUAUAGAUCAAUGGUACAGGAUAGAAUGCCCAGAGAUAAACCCAUGCACAUAUGGUCACCUAAUUUACGAUAAAGGAGGAAAGAGCAUACAAUGGAGAGAAGACAGCCUCUUCAAUAAGUGGUGCUGGGAAAACUGGACAGCUACAUGUAAAAGAAUGAAAUUAGAACACUCCCUAACACCAUACACAAAAAUAAAAUCCAGAUGGAAUAAAGACCUAAAUGUAAGACCAGACACUAUAAAACUCUUAGAGGAAAACAUAGGAAAAUCAGUCUUUGACAUAAACCACAGCAAGAUCUUUUUUGACCCAUCUCCUAGAGUAAUGGAAAUAAACACAAAAAUAAACAAAUGGGACCUAAUUAAACUUCAAAGCUUUUGCACAGCAAAGGAACCAUAAACAAGACAAAAAGACAACCCUCAGAAUGGGAGAAAAUAUUUUCAAAUGAAACAACAGACAAAGGAUUCAUCUCCAAAAUAUACAAACAGUUCAUGGUGCUCAAUAUCAAAUAAACAAACAAUCCAAUUAAAAAAUUGGGGGGCUUCCCUGGUGGCGCAGUGGUUGAGAAUCUGCCUGCCAAUGCAGGGGACACGGGUUCGAGCCCUGGUCUGGGAAGAUCCCACAUGCCGCGGAGCAACUAGGCCCGUGAGCCACAAUUACUGAGCCUGCGCGUCUGGAGCCUGUGCUCCGCAACAAGAGAGGCUGUGAUAGUGAGAGGCCUGCGCACCGUGAUGAAGAGUGGUCCCCACUUGCCACAACUAGAGAAAGCCCUCGCACAGAAACGAAGAUCCAACACAGCCAUAAAUAAAUAAAAAAUAAAUAAAAAAAUGAAAAAAAAAAAAAAAUUGGGAGAAGACCUAAAUAGACAUUUCACCAAAGAAGACAUACAGAUGGCCAAGAGGCACAUGAAAAGAUGCUCAACAUCACUAAUUAUUAGAGAAAUGCAAAUCAAAACUACAAUGAGGUAUCACCUCACACCUGUCAGAAUGGCCAUUAACAAAAACAUCUAGAAACAAUAAAUGCUGGAAAGGGUGUGGUGAAAGCGAACCCUCCUGCACUGUUGGUGGGAUGUAAAUUGAUACAACCACUAUGGAGAACAGUAUGGAGGUUCCUUAAAAAACUAAAAAUAGAACUACCAUACGACCCAGCAAUCCCACUACUGGGCAUAUACCCUGAGAAAACCAUAAUUCAAAAAGAGUCAUGUACCACAGUGUUCACUGCAGCACUGUUUACAAUAGCCAGGACAUGGAAGCAACCUAAAUGUCCAUUGACAGAUGAAUGGAUAAAGAAGAUGUGGCACAUAUAUACAAUGGAAUAUUACUCAGCCAUAGAAAGAAAUGAAAUUGAGUUAUUUGUAGUGAGGUGGAUGGACCUAGAGUCUGUCAUACAGAGUGAAGACAGAAAGAGAAAAACAAAUACUGUAUGCUAACGCAUAUAUAUGGAAUCUUAAAAAAAAAAAAAAAUGGUACUGAUGAACCUAGUUGCAGGGCAGGAAUAAAGAUGUAGACAUAGAGAAUGGACUUGAGGACAUGGGGGGUGCGGGGGAAGCUGGGGCGAAGUGAGAGUAGCAUGGACAUAUAUACACUACCUAAUGUAAAAUAGUCAGCUAGUGGGAAGCAGCAGCAUAGCACAGGGAGAUCAGCUUGGUGCUUUGAGAUGACCUA